AUUUCGGACCGCUCCAUUCUUUUUCUUUCCACCUGCUUUCUUUUCUUUUUUUCUACUUCUUGAAGUUUUCAUUUAAAACAUUUGCGGCAUCCUUUUUCAUUCAUCGUCCCAAUGGCAGCCCCUUUACUGAAAAAUGCUCCCUUUACCAUUCACGAUGGGGAUUUGAGUGAUGGCUUUAGCUCUAGUGCCAGCCCGGAAGAGCAACCUAUCAGCCCAGGUUAUGACGACCACGACAAGCGUAAAUUCGACCAAGUUGAUUCAAACGGAAGGUCACCUGCCAGUAAGCACACCCAUACCGCCGCUUACCAAGACAGCUACGAUGAGGACGAUGAUAAUGAGCGCCCUCGAAAGCCUGGAAGAAAGCCGAUGGCUAACACUCCCACUCCUUCCUCGGUCGACCCCAAGCAAAAGCGCAAGGCGCAAAAUCGAGCUGCUCAACGAGCUUUUCGCGAAAGGAAGGAAAAGUACGUCAAAGAACUGGAAGACCGUAUUGCUGAGCUCGAGGCUUCGCAACAGAAUCCGCAAGCCGAUACUUCUGUAACUCUGGAAAAAGAAAACCAGCAACUGAAAGAAUUAGUCCAAAAAUUGGAGGCAGAAAAUUACUUGCUUAAAGGCACUGCCUUCACGUUCGAUUUUCCCAUUUCCAAAGCAAACCUCAACAAGAACGCGUCUGCCCUUGUGCCAGAUGCUGGUGUUCAACCUUCGACCCUGCUUCGACAAGAUGGCAUUGUUCCGUCUACAGAAGCCUGGACUCCUCCGUCAUCUGCACAUGAUGAUAGUGGCAGCGAACCAUCCUCUCCUUCUGGAUUGACCAACUCUCCUCACACUAACAAAUCGGCUGAAACCACUCCAGCCUCUGAUGUACUGACCGAUGCCACUGGAUAUUCGAGCAAUAAUGGUUUAACAAGCUUCGGUGAUUUGUCGGCUGGGAACCUCGACAGUUUCUUUGAUAACACUGCCGCUUUCGAUACUACAGCAGCAGAUCGCUUCAUGGCUAAUCAUGCCCCUCAUAUGAGCAGUGACGAUAUUUCAAACUCAAGUUUGUUUAACCAAUAUCGAACCCCAUCCAACGUCAUUGAAAACACAACCUUUUCAGAAACACUUAUGCCACCAUUGUUUGAAAAUGAAUUUGAAGAUUAUAGCUCUUUCGCCCCUAUUAUGACUCCAAAGGAAGAAGAAUUCCGAGGAACAGAAUUCUUUGAUAUUGGGGAUCUUCAGAAUCUUCAUCAAGAGCCAGUUUUGAAGAACAAGGGACCCCUCCUCACACCGGUACAAGCCUGGGAGAUGAUACAGCAACAUCCUCAAUUUGAAGAGUUGGAAAUCGACGACCUUUGCUCUGAGAUGAAGAAAAAGGCAACUUGCAGUGAAUCUAUCACAGAAGAUGACCUGCAAAAAGUGAUUGACUAUAAGCUCAAUAACCGUUAAAUCGCUCGCCCAACCUGUUCACCCUCUCUCUCUCCCUAAACUGGUCUAUACAUUUUUGCAUUUCCAUAUUUUUCAACACUUCACUUGAUGCCGCGAAAGAAUCGUCAGCCAUUGUGUGCUUAUAGCUGGGCU